AAAAGGACAGGAUCUGUCUCAGAACGACCCCAGAUAGGGUGACUGGAAAACACACUGGGUGUACCCACGGUCUCCUUUAGUGGAACGCAGACACCACACUGGUCUCGGCUCGGAAUGUGGCUCCUGGCUCUCGUCAUUUUCCUCCAGAAAACAUCUGCCGCACGGGGCAUGGUUCUGGACCCUUGCUCGGCCUACGUCAGUCUGAAUGAGCCCUGGCGAAACACUGACUAUCAUGUCAAUAACUCUGCCGGUGUGCCCCUGUGUGACCGCCACAUUAAUGGCGAGUGGUAUCGCUUCACGGGCAUGGCCGGCGAUGCCAUGCCCACCUUCUGCAUCUCGGAGAACCACUGUGGCACUCACGCGCCCAUCUGGCUCAAUGGAAGUCACCCACAGCCCCGUGACGGUAUCAUCACGCUGCCAGCCUGCGCCAGCUUCAACGACAACUGCUGCCACUGGACGGCCACCGUGGAAGUUAAGGCGUGUGUCAAAGGUUACUACGUGUACCGCCUUCCUCGACCCUCGGUGUGUUUCCACGUCUACUGCGGCCAUUUCUAUGACAUUUGUGAUGAAGUGGAGUGCAAAGGUCAAGACUGUCCACUUGAGCCAGAGUGUCGUUGUCCCACUGGAACUACGCUCGGACCAGACGCUCAAAUGUGUCUCGACGUGAAUGAGUGUGAGAAAGAUAACGGUGGUUGUGCAGAGGUGUGUGUGAACACUAAAGGUUCCUGGCGCUGUGAGUGCGGGCCGGGCCGGUUUCUGGAUGUGGACGGACGAAACUGCAAGGAAAUUGCAGGCUGUCACAGCGCCAACGGGGGCUGCAGCCACGGAUGCUCUGGGCCAGAGGAACUAUACACCUGCCAUUGUCCACGGGGCCUGCAGCUCGGACCAGAUAAACGCACCUGCCAGGUUCCUGUGAACUGUGAUUCCAGUUCUAUAGAAGUGUCUGUUCCCAAAGAACUGGUUGGAGGCCUGGAACUCUUCCUAUCCAACUCUUCCUGUCGCGGCAUCUCAAACGGCACCCAUGUGAACCUGUACUUCAGCCUGAAGAGCUGCGGCACUGUUGUGGAGGUCAUUAAUGAUAAAAUUAUUGGCACUAACUUGGUAACGGGGCUUCCGAGGUCGAGUCCAAGCAGUAACGGGGAUCUGAUCGUGCGCACGAGUAAGCUGUUGUUACCAGUGACCUGCGAGUUCCCUCGGCAGUAUGAAGUGUCAGACGGCUUCCUGCCAAGUCUACGCAACGCUGCUCUGGAGCUUGUGGGUCGCAGCCAAGGUGUUUUUCCUUUCACACUGGAGCUUUUCAAAAACGCUGAGUUCUCCGAGCCGUAUAACUCACCGCCUCAGCUUCACCUGCGUGACUCACUGUUUUUCGGCGUGGAGCCACGGGAGCGCGUGGACGGCCUGUCCGCGCUGGUGGAGUGCUGCUUCGCCACUCCUGGGCCUAAAGCGGACCAGGCACUGAAGUAUUACCUCAUCAAAGACGGGUGCAUCUCAGAUGAAACAGUGCGUCAAGUCUCGACCAAGGACCAGCUCUCCAAACACUAUCAGGUUCCUGUCUUCAAGUUCGUUGGCAAGGACAAUAAAGAGGUGUAUCUACACUGCCGUGUGCUGGUGUGUGCGCAGGGUGAGGGAGAUUCACGUUGUACUUCGGGCUGUCGCAGACGACUGCGCCGCGACCUGUGGAACAACGAGUACCACAGCCAGCAUGUGCUCACCGGUGGUCCCAUCCAGAUCCUACUGGACCCAUAACACACAAUCACACACACCUGAUAAACACACACGCAAACAUACACACACACAUACCGCGCAUACCCUCAUACAC